CGUAUACCAGUAAUGGGGUACAACACAUGGAACGCAUACUACUGCGACAUAGAUGAAGCCAGGAUUCUCAAGACGGCCGAAUUGAUGAAGAGCCUGGGUCUCCUAGGCGCUGGGUAUAACUAUGUCAAUAUCGACGACUGUUACUCUGAGAAGAACAGGAGCGAGUCUGGUGACAUCGUCGCAGAUCGCGUCCGCUUCCCCUCUGGAAUGAAGGAUCUGACAGACCAGAUCCACGACAUGGGCUUCAAAGCAGGCAUAUAUAGUGAUUCGGGAUGGUUCACUUGCCAACUCUAUCCUGGUUCGUUCCAAAAUGAGGCGAGAGAUGCCAAGCUCUUCCAAGUAGAAUGGGGUUUCGAUCUUCUCAAGUAUUCCAGAGUAGUCCCCUUCGAUGAAUUGCUCCGAGAAGGCAUCAUAGGAAAGUACAAGCGCAUGACCGAUGCUAUCGAGGAACUCGCCAAAACAUCUGGCAAACCGCCCCUUGUGUUUUCUCUGUGUGAAUGGGGAGAGGAGCAACCAUGGUUGUGGGCAAGGAAGUUUGGUCAGAGCUGGCGCACGACGGGUGACAUUGGGGCAAACUGGAAAUCUGUAAUGGAUAUUCUCAACCAAAACUCAUUCAUCACUUGGGCGUCUGAUUUCUACGGCCACAACGACCUGGAUAUCCUGGAAGUCGGCAACGGGGAACUCACAUAUGAGGAAGCCAAGUCUCAUUUCAUUGCGUGGGCUCUUCUCAAAUCACCACUCCUCAUCAGCACAGAUCUUCCAACGAUCACCGAUGAGACUUUGGAAAUACUGACUAACACGGAGAUGAUUGCAAUAAACCAAGACCCAGUGGUCGGUACGAGUAUCAGUCCAUUUAGGUGGGGAAUCAAUCCCGACUGGACGAGUAACUCGACGCACCCAGCGCAAUACUGGAGUGGCGAGAGCGAGAACGGGACGGUCUUCAUGCUCCUGAAUACAUUGGACGAACCGGCCGAUAUGUUCUUCAACCUAACAGAAUCCCCAUGGAUUAGAGCGGGUCGGCAGUAUUCGGUCCGCGACCUGUGGACGCAUACGGACAACGGAACCGCCAUUCGGAAUUUCACUGCGCGUGGCGUUCCUGCACAUGGUGUCGUCGCCCUUCUCUUGCGGGACGCCGGGGAUGAGCCGGAGGGAUUAUAUCCACCAUGCGCUCGAAUCUGGUGGUGCAUGAGCGAGAAUGGCACGAGAUAUGAAGACUGA